UUGCCGAUAACGUGCGGUGUCCAAUCCCGAACCCAGUGUGCCUUUCGCAAUGCACUAAACCGAACCGAAUUUAUCUAUCGCCAGGAGAAUAGAGCUGCGCCAGUAUCGAGCGUCGUGCAAUCUGACAAUACCUACACAACGGCAACCAUGGCACAGCUACCCGUGUACAAUCCGCCUUCACCAUUCCUUGGAAUGCUUCCGGUUGGAUUGGGAUUAUACCGUAAGAUUACAAUCCGCGGCAGAAUGACUCACGAUAUGUUCAACAUAAAUCUACAGUGUGGACCGAACGUUGAUCCGCGAGAUGAUGCGGCAUUACACAUUAGCAUUCGGCCACGGGAAGGUUUAAUCGUACGGAACACGUACCAGUUCCGUAGCUGGGGCGUCGAGGAACGCUUUGGCGGCUGUCCGGUGCAGAAGAAGUCAUAUUUCGAUGUGAGCAUUACGGUGAAACCGGACAGUUACGGUAUUGCCGUAAAUGGGUGCCAUUUCUGUGACUUUAGCCAUAGGCUACCAUGGCCUUCGGUACGAUUCAUUCACACCGGUGUCGGGGCACAGAUCGAUGCAAUCAUUACGGAAUAGCGUGUAUUUGGGUAAGAGAUAAAGACAGAGAGAGGGAGAGGGAUUGUGGAAAAUUCAAUACCAGAAUAAGCCAUUUACGCUUUGUGUACCGUACGAACGAUAUAACCAAAAAAAUAAUUUAAUAUUUUUACAAACUAAGCCAGGUGUAAGGGUAUUUCAUCGAAAGAACGUUAAAAAUUAAAAAAAUAUAUAUAUAAAGAAGAAAAGAAACGAUUAGUAGAACCGACGUCGUAUCAAAA